AUGAAAAAGGCGUGGGUUAGUCUGCUAGUAGCGGGCAGUCCAAGCGACUGGGUACAGCAUUCUGAACUGUAUCAUGAUGAUGAUCUUGUUCAACAACCUGUUGGACAGGUUGAUCUCUAUCUCUCUGACUUGGUCAGUUUGGCUGGUGUACCAACAGCGUUUUGCCGCCCCUCGACUGUUGAGUUGGCUGCUGGGGUUACAAGGAAUCCCAUAAUCACCAUAACGUUCGAACGACUUCGGGCUAUCUUCCGCAAAGCUCGCCAUUUACACAACCCAACCAAAUUCAUAACGGAGGCUACUGAUCAAGAGCAAAACCCGUAUGAGGAGUCUGAGAGGCGUGUGGCCGAGGCGCGUUCUGAAGCACGCAUCGAGAUGGAACGGCGUGUGGCUGAAGAGCGCAGCGAGGCCGAGAGGCGUGUGGCCGACGCGCGUUCUGAAGCACGCAUCGAGAUGGAACGGCGUGUGGCCGACGCGCGUUCUGAAGCACGCAUCGAGAUCGAGCGGCUCAUGGCCGAAGGCCGAUUGGGGGCUAAGUAGCGCUCCAGAGAUAUGGCGACCUGU